AUGACCGAACUUGAAUGCAGCGGCCGCAUUGGAUGCUCAUACUAUGAUCCCGUCAAAUGUUUUGUAUAUGUGCUCGAAGAUACGCAGGAGAGUCUACACUUUGAUUUGACGACGAUGCUACUAGAGCAAUGCAACCCAGACAUCGUGUUGACGAGCUCACGGGCUGAUGACAAGUUUAUCAAUAUCCUUCAAAAUUACAUGGAAGCUUCAGGUGGUAUUUUUCAGAUCAGACCACAUAAGGAGUUUACACCAAAUAAGGGACGAGAUAGGCUUCUCUCCUUACGGUUACUUACAGAGUUGGACAUGCAAAGCGACAUCCAGGCCCUUUCCGAAGCGGACUCAAACUCGGACUCAAGGAACGCUUAUGAUUUCAUGAACAAAAGGAGAGAAAUCACCGGAGAUCCUGUAGCAAAACGAUGGAACGCAGCGAUACGAUUGUCAAAUUUUACAUCCCUUGAUUCUGCACCCCUCUGCAUAUCGUCUAUUGGAGCUUUACUCGAUCAUUUAAAUCGAGAACGUGCCGUAGUAGAGUUGAAUGACCUUGGGAUAGAUGGUCUGGAAGUCCGUGGCAUUGAAGGAUUGACCUUAGAUCAAGCUAUGCAAAUAAAUGCUGAUGCGUUAUUUUCCCUUCAGGUAUUCGAAGACGAGAAUCAUGCUUCAAUACAUUCCGAUAAAACCAAAGAGGGAUUAUCAUUAUUUGGCACUUUGGAUAACACUCAAACGACUUUAGGUCGCUCUCUUCUUAAGACCUGGCUUCUUCGCCCAUCGCUGUCCCUUUCUAUUAUAAAUGCGCGCCACGAUGCAGUGGAAUGCUUUAUUAGGCCUGAGAACCUUGUUCCUGUUAAUGCCAUGCAGGUUCAUCUAAAAGGAAUCAAGAACGUUCCUAGGAUACUAGGGAACAUAAGAAUGGGAAAGGCAGGAAUCACUGAAUGGCAGGGGCUUGUGAAGUUCACCUUUCAUUCUGCUAUGCUUCGAGAUGCAUUGGCGGAGGUCAAUGAGGCAGGCGAUGUAGAGAUCGUAAACAAACUAAUCGCUGUAUUAGAUGUUGCAAGCUUCAAGGAGAUAGGGAACACAAUCAACGAAACUAUUGAUUGGGAAGAAUCAGCGCAAGUUGGUCAAGUUUGUGUCAGACCGCAUAUAGACGAAGAGCUCGAUCAGCGGAAACAUGUUUACAAUGGCAUAGAUACAAUCCUCUCCAAAGUCGCAGAGCAGAUCUCGCAGACAACACCGGCAGAGUAUGCGUCCUCUCUCAAUGUUGUCUAUUUCCCACAGCUUGGCUUCCUACUUUGCGUACCCAUGCAGGAACUUUGGCAGACCGAAGGAAUCAAGGUUCUAGACGGAUGGAGUUUUCAAGUAAGCCAUUGCACAUACCCGACUUCACGAUCUUACGUCUACUUCAAGUCCCAAGAAAUGCGUGAUAUGGAUACUCACAUAGGCGAUAUACACCCUUCCAUAGUUGACAGGGAAUUGGAGAUCGUGCAAGCACUACAAGAGGAGGUACUGGUUUAUGAUCAAGUUAUGGGACAAACAUGCGACGUCUGCGCGGAGCUAGACUGUUUGCUUUCUUUUGCUGCUGCUACUAGGGCAUUUGAUUAUCGAAAGCCGCGCAUUGUCGAACGAUCUGUCAUUCAUAUCAAGCAAGGCAGGCAUCCCCUUCAAGAACAAGUGGUCGAUAUCUUUGUUCGCAAUGACGCACAUCUUGUUGCUGGUGCAGGUUUCGAUUUUGCUGAGUCGAGCUGUGAGUAUGAUGGCGAUCCAUCAGAACACCAGACUUGUAGUAGCAUCAUACUAUGCACAGGUGCGAAUGCGUGCGGCAAGAGUGUAUACCUCAAACAGGUGGCUUUGAUUCAGUACAUGGCCCAGGUAUAUUAUGUUCCUGCUGAAGCAGCUACCCUCGGAAUCGUUGACAAGAUCUUCACUCGAGUGCAAACUAGGGAGUCAGUAUCCAAGGUGCAAUCUGCCUUCAUGAUCGAUUUAAAUCAAGUAUCUUUGGCUUUGCGUAAUUGCACCGCCAGGUCCUUGAUACUAUUGGAUGAAUUCGGCAAGGGAACUGUGUCAACAGAUGGCGCUGGUCUCUUUUGCGGAGUACUGAAGCACCUUCUCGACCGAGGCGUCAACUGUCCCAUGGUUCUGGCUGCCACGCACUUUCAUGAAGUGUUCAGGAAGGAUCUUUUAGACGCUCAAUCACUGCCGAUUACGCUCCUCCACAUGCAAGUUCUUUUCGCUUCCAACCCUAGACAGCUUGUCGAAAAUCCUUCUUCUACGCGGGCAUCGAGCCCCGUCUAUGAUGGCAUCGAGGACGAGUCCAUGGAAGACGGAGACAGCGAUCACAAGAUCAUACCAGGGAAAAGACUGACUUAUCUUUAUCGUGUCGCACCGGGACUUUCCCUCAACUCCCAUGCAGCACAGUGCGCAGCUAUCUUUGGGGUUCCGCGUCGUAUCGUCCAAAGAGCCCAAUAUGUCAGCCAGUUACUUUCUUCGUACGAACUUGGAAAAUUGCUAGAUGAAGAUAUGACGGAGGAUGAACGAUGCGAUCUCCAAAAUGCCGAAGACAUCUGUCGAAAAUUUCUAGAAUGGGAUCUUCAGUCAGAUGAAGCUACGAGACAGUUUGAAGUUAAAGGUAAGCUGGCCGAAGUACUGGGCAGAGAAUUGCAAGAAGAAUAA